AUGUCGCGGCUAAUUUCGCUCCUAAUCUUCUCAACCUGUCUAAUCUUCUCCACUUCCGCCAAAAUCAAUCCAGUUGUCGGCUCACAAUGCUCAAAAAAUCAGGUGGUCCGAAAAUUGACAGUCUAUGAGGAUGGGGCUUUGGAGGCCGAGUGUGGACCAGUUCCAUGUGGAGAAGUUGGAAGAAGAUGUAUUGAUGUGAGUGGAAGCUAGAGACGCAGAGCGGUUAGACUCUGCUUCUCUAACCUAUUUUUGAAAAAUCUCAAUUUUGAGCUGAGUUACGGUAUCUCAAAGUUGAAUUUGUUAGAAACGCAGAGAAGAGUUUUCUCUGCGUCUCUAGCCCCUCUAGCUCUCUGACUCUCUUCCCAUUUGCAGGACCAAACAGCAUGCCGUGCCGACACCGAUGUCUACUCCGGAAUGAGAUGGGCUCCAAAUGGCGAGAGCAUUUUGCUCCGCUGUUGCACAAUGAAAACCGCCAAAAAGAUCUACGUCGGCACCGAUAUUGUUUCGGCCGGAAGUUUUUAUGAGGGAGGAGCGGUUGCCAAGAAGGAUUUGUAUGAAUCGACCAGCGGAGCCGAAUAUGACUUCAUUGCUAAUGCUAGAACUGAACAGUGAGUUUUGCGAGAAAAAAAUUACUAGUUUCUGGGGUAAAACCCUUCUGAGGUAAAACCCUUCUGGGGUAAAACCCUUUCUGGGAUAAAAACAUUUCUGGGGUAAAACCCUUCUGAGGUAAAAACCUUCUGAGGUAAAACCCUUUCUAGGGUAAAACCCUUUCUGGGGUAAAACCCUUUCUGGGGUAAAACCCCCAAAAUUGGUUUCUAGAAUCUCCAAAUUUUACGGAGAAUCUUGUUAGAAUCCUCUAGAUCUUAGGAACCAUCCAGAACUUGAAUUAACGCCUAUUUUUGCAGAGGAGGCGUCCGCGUCUGGGUCUACCGUAUGAUCUGCGAUAAAGGAGAGAAGCCAGUGAACUUCGAGCCAAUCACCACAACCUCCGCAGCUCCAGCCACAACCAGAAUGGCGAUUGCACCAUUGGUCGUCGUCACAACAACUCAAGCUCCAGAAGAGGAAACCGAAGGUGAGGAAGAAGAAGUUGUUGAGGAGGAGCAAGAGCAAGAAGAAGGUGAAGUUGAAGAGCAAAAUGAUGCUGAGGAAAUCGAAGUUGAGGAGGAAGAGGAAGAGGAAGUUGCGACAACUACACAAGAACCAAAGCCUUUCAAUCCACUUCGUUAUCGUCCACCACAUUUGCCACGUUCAUCGACUGGAGUUAGAAGAGCUUGA